ACCACCACCACCAUAAUCAGUUCAUCAAGCCUAAAGUGUGAUUUAAUUCCGUCCGUCCUUGUGUCACGCGUGUGUCGGGAGCCGCGCCGCCGCUAUCAUAACUGCGGGAAGUAAUAGCCAGCAAAUUGAUUCCUUAAUACCCAUGGGAAACUGUUUUAUUUUGCCGCGAGGAUCAAAUAUGUCAUUUAAAAUCAAUACACUCCCCUCAUAUUUGUCAGCAGCAGCCAGUCCCCAUACACACCGUCACCUACACGGCUUCCUAUUGGCUGGGGCUGAGAUGGGCGAUAACAGAGCGUCCCGGGAUUGGCUAUUGAACCCCGAGGCCCCGCCCAUUCCGUCCUGGAUUUUCCAUGGUGCCGUGAUGGCCGAGAGGGGAAACUGGCAAGUGGCACGAUUGUUUCCCUCGGAGUCAGGUGAAGGUGACGGCGAGGCGACGCCUUAAGGACCAGUGAAGCGGUGGGGAGGCUCAGGGUCACAAAGAACUGGAAACAGGUCAAGGCUUUUACAAGGAAGCUUAAGUGUUGUGUAUUAUUCAUCCCCUCAGCCGGCCAGAUGAUGGACAAGGUAAAUAUGUCCUCUUGCCACUCGGGGCAGCCAUUACCUUGCUUAUCGGGGCCUCGUGAAAGCAUAUAGUGAAUAUCCAUCUGUGUGAUACUUGAGUUGGUAAUGUGCAGGCAGGAACACUGGUUGUGGGGAGUGCAUAAUAAGCACUAUGAAGCUGAAUGGUGUUCCGGCACUCAACGCGAGCAUGUCCUCAAUCCGCAUUAUGGUGGAAGACGAGAACUCGCCCCCCGGGGUGGGUGGAUGUGUGGGCGGCUGCGUGGGAAGGUGCGUGGGCGGCUGCAGCGGAGGUGACAGCAGCGACCUAGACUUGGGUGACGACCUCUCAGACGACACCCGCGAUUCCACGACCGACGAUGACCACGGAGACGACCCUCAUUCUGUUCUCUCCCCGGGCCAACCUCUCCACCGACGCUACCACCCCUGGCGCCGCUCGCACGGAUGUGGGCGUGACGGCGAUGGUGAAGGCGGCCACGUGACAGAGGCGGGCGUGGGCGAGGUACGGGCGGAGACUGGGGUGGAAGAGACAGAGGACGGCCCAGGGGACGGGCUGCCGCAGCGAAGCAUCAGGAAAGUUUUCACUAACACCCGUGAGAGGUGGAGACAACAGAAUGUGAGUGGUGCUUUCGCUGAGUUGAGACGGUUGGUGCCCACACACCCGCCAGACAAGAAGCUCUCCAAAAAUGAGAUUCUGAGACUGACCAUCAGAUAUAUCAAACUCCUCAACUCUGUGCUGGAGUGGCAGCAGCGACAGGACGAAGUGAAUGGCUCAGCGGAUCUCACUGUCACCAAUGCCUCUAACCAUCACAACAACAACAACAACAACAACAACAACCGCAACCACAAUAACAACAAUCACAACAGUAACAACAACGAUGACACACGCAGCAGUGGCGGCCUCAGUUUGAGCAUUUCCCGGGGCUCUCCGAUGUCCCCUCAAGAUAACUGCGUCAGCCAAGACUCGUCGCUACGAUACCGCUACCUCUCCCUCUCAUCCUCCCCUCCGUCACCACAUUCCCCUCGCUCCACAUCGUCCUCUUCCUCCACCACAACGCUGUCCCCUUUGCCGCUGACUUACUCCUCUUCAAGCCUCCGCCGGUCCUCUCCGCUUCCAACCGCCCACUCCCUGGGUCUGCCACACACCGCCGUAACCACUCCCACCACUUCCACCACAACUAUUGCAUCUUCCUUCUCAUCAUCGUCCUCCUCCUCCCCCGUGCCGCAGUCUCCAGCGCUGCCACCAGUCACAUCAUCUUCAGGAGGCCCUGUGUCGCCGUGUCGCGAAGAAUCACCGACCACCCCGGCGCCUCGCUUCCACCCCUACGUGUUGGCGGUGCGGGUGCGGCCCACACUCUCCCUCCUCCAUCCUCCUACUAAGUGAAGCCAACUGUUAUGCAUUCCCUUACUCACAUCUGGAGUGGCGGAGAGUAACGAGAAAAAGAAAACCACACAAAAUAAAGUGAAAUGUUGGUGUCAUCAGAAAACAAGAUAUUUUAAGCAAUGCUACCGUGGUUCAGUUAAUUAUCGUGAGAGCGGCAAGCACAGGAUGGUGAGUAAGAGGCUUAACAACUAUUGAUGUUUGAAACAUCUUUUAGUGAUCGUGGACGAUGUGACGGCCAAGGUAAGUGUGACUGAGUGUUCCAAUCCACCUUCUCGAAUUACUGGUGAGUGUCACCUGUUGGUAAUUUUUAGAAGUGAUGUGCACUGUUACGUGCGUGAUAUGUGCCACAACAUCAACACCUGGUCACUGCGUAGAGGUUAUUCAUAAUACAUGUGAUAAUUUAGUAUUCAUGUUUAUUAUUUGUAUAAAGAGUUCACGGACGGGA